AUGAAGAGGCUGCAGCUCCAAAGAUGGAGCAGCUCAGUACUUGGGCCGCGGACUCGGACUGUUAACCGUCUGCAUCAACACAUGUACGGCCAGCGGUAUCAAUCAACCGCAUCUCCAAUCCAGACCGGUCGUGUCCCUGAAGAUUCAAUUAUCGAGGACUCAACACCCUUGGAUGAGAAGCUGUCAGAAAUUAUCCGCAUGUCUCAUGCUCGCCACUCACAACUUCAAUAUCCCUCUCCCACAGUGGAAGCAGCACAACAAUCCGCAAAACUUGCUGCCCUUCACGCCCGACUCUACCUUCCCUCCAGAUUACCCGUUGAGACACUUGCACGGACACUAGUUGAUGCAUCCGCCGACUCGAACACCGACUUCAACAACACAUCACUGGCCACCCUCGGUCACGACCUCCUUUCCUACUACACCACCGAGCACCUCAUCUGCACAUACCCUCGCCUGCCGCUGAGCGUGAUCUUCGCCGCCAUGUACGCAUACGCUGGUCCCAAGACUCUUGCUGCUAUGGCUAGGGAAUGGGGUGUUGAAUUGGCCUCCGUGCCCGGCGGAGAGGUCGACCCCGGUCUCUUGCAGUUCCAAAGACUGGAGCCUGGCUCUGAGGUUCCCGAUACCCCAGCUUCCGACACAGUACGACCGUACGAACAACAGUUGAACUGGCGGAAAACCGUGACUUCCAAGGUCUUCUAUGAUGAUGAAUUCGGUGACCCGAUCAAGGGAGCACCAAACACCACCGCGACUGGCGUCACUAGCGAGCAGGCCAGCGCUGAAUUUGUUCGGGCAGUCAUGGGUGCUAUCUACUUGCACGCCGGCCGUGCCGCCGCCAAACAGUUCUUCGAGCAGCACUUCCUUUCACGACACCUUAACAUUUCCGAACUGUUCAACUUCCGCAAGCCUGCCCGUGACCUGACCCGGCUGUGCGCACGCGAGGGCUUCGAGCGCCCAGUUGCCAAGAUUAUCAGCGAAACUGGUCGUAAGAGCAGGCACCCCGUCUUCGUGGUUGGUAUCUUCUCUGGCAACGACAAGCUUGGUGAGGGCGCUGGCGCCAGUCUGAUGGAGGGCCGUGAGCGUGCUGCUGUUGCUGCGCUCAAGGGUUGGUACCUUUACAGUCCGCUUUCCGUCCGUGUCCCCAGUGCCAUGGAGGAAGCCUCCGCCGCUCCCUGGAAGCCCGUCCACGUUGACUUGGGUGAGGUUGUUGUUUAA